AUGUUAAUAAACAAAAACACAAUUAUUUAUGGAGAAAAAGUCGUUUUGGUCCCGUACGAAGCUAAUCAUGUACCCAAAUACCAUUCCUGGAUGCAGUCGGAAGAGUUACUUAAGCUGACAGGCUCUGAAAGAUUGCAACUCGAAGAGGAAUAUGCGAACCAAAUAAGUUGGCGAGUUGAUGAAAACAAAUGCACUUUUAUUAUUCUUGAUAAAAAUCUGUAUAUCACCAGUGAUCAUAAUGAAAUCGAUUCAAUGAUUGGCGAUGUAAAUCUCUUUUUAAAUGGUGACAAUGAAUAUACAGCUGAAAUAGAAAUUAUGAUUGCAGAAGCUGAUGCCCGAGGAAAAGGUUUUGGAAAAGAAUCAGUUCUUAUGAUGUUGAGAUUUGGGAUAGAAAAUCUUCUACUCAAAGAAUUCACUGCAAAAAUUGGAAUUUCAAAUAGCAGCAGUUUGGGAUUAUUCAGUAAACUUGGUUUUGAAGAGGUUUCCAGAAGUGAUGUAUUCCAAGAGAUUACUUUAACGAUCUUCGUUCCGGGGAAGUUUAUUCGUCAUUUUCCGUCUGUUUCCGUCAGUCAGUUUUAUAGUGUCACAAUGGCGGAUCAAAGCAAGUUAUUUCUUCUGAAAUUGUUGGAAAUACCAGAAAAUAAAGUCUGUGCCGACUGUGAAAGCAAAGAUCCAGAUUGGGCAUCAUGUACUUUAGGUGUGUUUUUAUGCCAGGAUUGUGCUGGUAUCCACCGUAGCCUUACAACAGGUAUUAGCCGCGUCAAAUCGAUUCAUCUUGAUAAAUGGGAGUCUGAACAAUUACAGGUGAUGAAACAAGUAGGUAAUGCUAUAGCAAAACAGAAGUAUGAAGAAUAUGUACCCCCUUUUUACCAAAAGCCAAAAGAAACAGAUCCAAGGGUAUUAAAGAUGGAGUGGAUUUAUGCGAAAUACAAGAGAUUAGAUUUCCAAGAUCCUAAUAAACAGAAUGAAUAUAUCAAAGAUCUAAAAGAAGGGGUGUUAAUGAAAAGAGGCAAAGAAAAUCAAAAGUAUAAACCCCGAAGAUUUGUAUUAUCGAGGCAUGAGAACACGUUGACUUACUACAACAAGGACAGUGCUUCAAAACCAAAAGCUGAAAUUAGUCUUGAUAGUUUGAAUGCUGUGUUUGUACCUGUGAAAACUGAACAGCAGAAUGGCCUUCAGAUUACCUACAGUGAUGAAGGCUCAACCCGAUGUUUGUAUGUCUACCAUCAUGAUUCUAAGGAAAUUGUUGACUGGUUUUUAUCAAUUCGGGCUUUGAAAUUGGAGUGGCGGAAAAUUGCUUUUCCUGACAAACAUGUCUCUGAUUUAUGUGAAGAUCUAACCAAGAACUUUAUCAAAGAAGGUUGGCUUAGUAAGAAAGGUCCCAGAGAUGAGCCUUUCCGGAAACGCUGGUUUACCCUGGACCGCAGAAAGCUUAUGUAUUUUGAAGGCCCACUUAAUGCUUAUGCCAAAGGAGAGAUCUUUAUUGGAUUCAAAGAUAAUAAUUAUUCUGUAUCAGAAGGAAACAUUGAUGGACGUACAGCUCCUGGCUUUGGUUUUACACUAAAAACCCCUGAGCGAAAUUUUUAUCUGAGUGCAGAUUCCAAACAAGAAAUGGAAGAAUGGAUUAUCGAGUUGACAAAAAUCAUUAUUACUCCACUGACCACUCAAGAUAACAAAAUUUGUGCAUCUAUGGUGAACAAACGUCCACAUACUAUUUAUCACAUCAUGAAGAGAUGA